AUGACUCAAAUUAGAAUGAUUUUCAAUGUAAUACAUUUGCUGCUCAUCGGUUUUGUACUUGUUGGAUUCACGGUAGGAGAUGUAACGGUAAGGUGUCGUGAGAUGGAGAAGCAAGCUCUUCUCAAGUUCAAGAAGGACCUUAUUGAUGAUCAUGGCAUUCUGUCUUCAUGGGGAGCUGAAAAUGACAAGAAAGAAUGCUGCAAUUGGCAGGGUGUCAGCUGUAGCAACAAGACCGGUCAUGUCAACGUUCUUGAUCUUAGAGGAAUACAAGAAGAUCAAUCUGAGAAACAAUUAUUGAGAGGUACUAUUAACUCUGCCUUAAUUGAAUUGCAGCAUCUAUCUCACUUGGAUCUCAGCAACAAUGAUUUCCAGCUUCAACAAAUACCAGAAUUCAUUGGUUCUCUCCAGGGACUAGAAAUCUUGGAACUCUGGAAUGCUAAUUUUUCUGGUACAGUUCCUUACGAGCUUGCCAACCUUACAAACUUGCAAAUUCUUGAUGUUAGCCUGAACUUCCACCUAAGAGUCAAACAUCUUGAGUGGCUUUCUCAUCUUUCUUCACUAAGAUACCUUGGGCUUAAUGAUAUUAACCUUCAUGGAGUCGAUUGGUUGCAACAAAUUGUUAAGAUCCCUUUUCUCAAACAACUGUCCAUGGCUAAUUGUGGCCUCAGCCACACCAUUCCUUAUUCAGCUAACUUUUCUUCUACAUCCCUUUCUAUCCUUGAUCUAUCUUUCAAUUUUCUUACAUCACUUUCAGAGUACAGUUGGUUGUUCAACUUGAGCACAUGCCUUACCAAUCUAGACCUUUCUUCCAACAAAUUAGCAGGUCCUCUCCCUGUCGCAUUUGGAGGUAUGACAUCUCUCGAGUAUCUUGAUCUUUCAGUAAAUCAAUUCAAAGGUGGUAUUCCUAGUUCUUUUGGCAACAUAAGUCGCCUCAGCGCGCUUAACAUGGGACGUAAUUAUCUAGAUGAACCACUUUAUGAGAUACUUCAAAAGUUAUCUGCUGGUGUUGGGAAGUCAUUAUAUAGUUUAGUCCUAUCUACCAAUAAGCUCUGGGGUCCAAUACCUGAUAUUUCUAGAUUUUCAUCCUUGAGGGAGUUAGAUGUGAGUGACAAUCGGUUGAAUGGGUCGUUAAACGGAAUAUUUGGGAAACUUUUGAAUCUUGGGUACUUGGAACUGUCCAUUAACAAACUCACAGGCUCAUUGCCGGACGCUAAAACAUUAGGACAGCAGCUCAAUGUCAUAGGGCUACAUUUAGACAACAAUCAGUUUACAGGUGUGUUGCCGGAUAUGACUCCAUUCACAUAUUUAGUAGAGCUUGAUCUUAGUAACAAUCAGUUUCAUGGGAAGUUGCCUGAAACAAUUGGGAAACUAUCUGGUUUGGAGAUACUCUUUGUCUCAUCAAACUCAUUUGAAGGUACAAUCACUGAAGACCACCUCCUCAAUCUUUCUAGACUAAAAUCAUUAGACUUGUCCAACAACUUACUCUCUUUGAACUUGAGCUCUAAAUGGAUUCCUCCUUUUCAGUUGGACAUUAUACAUCUUUCAAAUUGCAAAUUGGGGCCUCAAUUUCCAUCAUGGCUUCAAAAUCAAAAUAGCUUCUCUGAGCUAGAUAUCUCCUCUACUGAUAUCUCAGAUACACUACCUAAAUGGUUUUGGGGUCUCUCUUCUAAAAUGGAUUAUCUUAAUAUGUCCUACAACCAUAUCACAGGAAGAUUGCCUAAUCUAGCAUCUAUGUUUCUUGCCAAGAAUAAUUUUUUCGGAUCAAUUUCUACAAUAUGCAGAAUUUUUCAUGAUGCCAUUCAUUCCAUUGACCUCUCAAAUAACCAACUUACUGGUGAGCUUCCUGAUUGUUGGAUGAAUCAACGCAAUAUAAUCAUCCUCAAUCUCGCAAAUAAUAAAUUCAAUGGCCAUAUACCAUCUUCAUUGGGCUCUUUGUAUCGUCUUGAAUCCCUCCACUUACGAGAUAACAAUUUCACCGGGAAUAUACCUGCAUCAUUGAAGAAUUACAGAAAGCUGAAAGUCAUGGAGUUUGAAGGUAAUAAGUUGACAGGAGAAAUUCCACCUUGGAUAGGGACACACCUGAGGAGUUUGAUUAUACUCAGCCUUCGGCAGAACAAGUUCUAUGGAAACAUACCUGAAAAUCUGUUUCAUCUCAACAAUAUUCACGUCCUUGACUUGUCAGGAAACAGAAUAACUGGAACAAUUCCAAAUGGCUUCAGAAACUUUACAUCUUUGGUUGAAAUGAAAAGUUCCGCUGUAACAAUUGUUAUAAGAUUUCCAGGAUCUGUUGAAAAUGACUUUAGGAGUGGUCCUGACUACAUAGAUAACGCCGUUGUCCAGUGGAAACGCCAAGAAUUUGAAUACCGAAAUGAAUUAGGACUUCUGACAAGCAUUGAUCUUUCUAGCAACAAAUUGACUGGACACAUUCCAGAUGAGAUUGCUUCUUUGAGAGGAUUGAUUUCCUUAAAUUUGUCAAGGAAUCAUUUGAGCUGGAAUAUUGUUGAGAAGAUUGAUCAUAUGGGAAAGUUAGAGGUUCUCGAUGUGUCAUACAAUCAACUCUCCGGUGAAAUUCCCAGGGGCCUGGCUAGCUUAAACUUUCUUGAUGUCCUGGACUUGUCAAACAACAAUUUUUCAGGAAAGAUUCCAUCCAGCACUCAAUUGCAAAGUUUUAACGUAUCCUCCUAUUAUGGGAACAGCAAAUUGUGUGGACCUCCGCUUCGAAACUGCCCUAAAGAUGCUUCAACCCUUACCACCAGUGACAACAGUGACGACCAGGAUGCUCUGAGUGAUGUUAAGGUUGAGACUCUAGAAUUCUACUCGUGCAUUGGAACUGGUUUCUUCUUUGGUUUCUGGGGUGUUGUGGGCACAUUAUUCAUCAAAGACUCAUGGAGACAUGCUUACUUCAAUUACUUAGAUGAUCUGAUUGAUAUGAUAUAUGUGGUAGGAAAACUUGCUAUAGUGAGACUGCUAAGGAAGUUCAGAAUCUACUGUUUGGAGAUCGCGAAGGAGACAAAAUUUGCAGGAUAG